GCGUUAGUCGUAAACAGCUGCUUAAGCAAAUUAAAAUCGCGUUGCCGCUUUACAAAACACGCCGAGAACAUGAUGCAACAUAGUAAACGGAUUAUUAAGCCGGUCUUAAAUGGACUUUGGAAUUUGCCGGCACGAGGUGCAACAAGCACGACGGCCGCGGCACCCGCCAAAAUUGAAAAAACUGUCAAUACCGUGACCAUACUGGGACGAGUGGGAGCCGAUCCGCAGCUGCGCGGCUCGCAGGAGCAUCCGGUGGUCACAUUCUCCGUGGCAACGCACACCAACUACAAAUAUGAGAACGGCGACUGGGCGCAACGCACCGACUGGCACCGAGUGGUUGUCUUCAAGCCCAAUCUACGCGACACGGUGCUGGAGUACCUGAAGAAGGGGCAACGCACCAUGGUCCAGGGAAAGAUUACCUAUGGCGAGAUCACCGAUCAGCAGGGCAAUCAAAAGACAAGCACCAGCAUUAUAGCGGAUGAUGUGCUCUUCUUCCGCGACUCCAACUAACAACAAGC